GAUAUAUACCCCUCUCCUCCCUCAACUUUACUCUCUGACUGUAAGCUCUUCUCAUCUGCAAGUCCACCUCGCCUCUUCAGAUCGAUCGAUUCGUCUUCCUCCUUAGCUCAUCGGAAUUCAUGGCGAAAGAACCAGCUCGCGUCCUCGUUACUGGAGCCGCAGGGCAAAUUGGAUAUGCGCUUGUGCCGAUGAUCGCAAGGGGAAUCAUGCUCGGAGCGGAUCAGCCGGUGAUUCUGCACUUGCUUGAUAUUCCACCAGCUGCUGAGGCUUUGAAUGGUGUCAAGAUGGAGUUGGUGGACGCCGCUUUCCCUCUGCUUAAAGGUGUUGUUGCUACAACUGAUGUUGUGGAGGCAUGCACUGGAGUUAACAUCGCCGUCAUGGUGGGUGGCUUCCCAAGGAAAGAAGGCAUGGAAAGGAAAGACGUCAUGACAAAGAACGUUUCCAUCUACAGGUCCCAAGCUUCUGCACUGGAAAAGCAUGCAGCUCCCAACUGCAAGGUUUUGGUUGUUGCUAAUCCCGCAAACACCAAUGCAUUGAUCUUGAAGGAAUUUGCACCAUCAAUUCCUGAGAAAAACAUCACCUGUUUGACUAGACUAGAUCAUAACAGGGCCUUGGGCCAGGUUUCUGAGAGAUUGAAUGUUCAAGUUUCUGAUGUUAAGAAUGUUAUUAUCUGGGGUAACCACUCAUCGUCGCAGUAUCCUGAUGUCAACCAUGCAACUGUCAAGACACCAUCUGGGGAGAAAGGUGUCCGUGAGCUUGUUGCUGAUGAUGCAUGGUUGAAUGGAGAAUUCAUUUCCACUGUUCAACAACGUGGUGCUGCAAUCAUCAAGGCCCGUAAGCUGUCAAGUGCAUUAUCUGCUGCAAGUUCUGCUUGUGAUCACAUUCGUGAUUGGGUACUUGGAACCCCAGAGGGCACUUGGGUUUCCAUGGGUGUUUACUCUGACGGCUCAUACGAUGUACCUCCUGGUCUCAUUUUCUCAUUCCCAGUCACUUGCCAACAUGGGGAGUGGAAGAUUGUUCAAGGACUCUCUAUUGACGAGUUCUCGAGGAAGAAGUUGAAUGCAACUGCAGAGGAGCUGAGUGAGGAGAAAGCUUUGGCAUACUCUUGUCUCUCUUAGAUGCUCUCGGCCAUUCCUUGGUGUGGUUGUAAGUUGGCCUCCCUGCAAUGUGUGAGAAAAGGAAGUAGCUGAAGUUUUGAAUAAUGCCAUUGUUAAGAUAGAGAGAUGUUAAUGAUGCAGAAGCUGCUUUUGUGGGUUUUACAGUUGUUGAGCCCAAUAUUCUAUGUGGACACUUCGACUUUUUUCUUCUUUUAGUUGCAUAUUUGAACGUCAAUGGGAUUGUCCCAUUGACGUAAAAUAAUCCAUAUCUGCCUUGAUUCUAA